AUGAGAUGGAAAAUUUUACGUCCGGCGAGCAAAUCCGCAACAGGUCUAUUCACGUACGUAUCUGUCCGGCUCGCUAGCGGUGAUCGUCGUCUUGGGCUACGGACGGCGAGCCAGACAUGUACGCCGAGCGCGUGCAUAUACACGUGCGGAUCUGUCCGACGAGUACGUCUCUCGGACAGAUCCGCCGGACAUGCUCGCAUGUGAAUAGGUCCCUUUACCAUUACUUUGUAGCUUCGUUAGAUACACUUUAAAUACUUUUUGAAAUUAGUAAGUCGCGCUUUUAUUACGCCUCUCUGGCGCACCAAAUUCGAAUAUCAUACGACAUAUUUUACAAUUUUCAAAGCACUAAAUUCUAAAGCAAAGCAAGCAAUUCUAAUAGGCGGAAUCAAGGACUCACCGCACCCCUUUGCAAGGCUAAUCUCGAAUCUCGCUGGUACUGGUAGUUCAGCUAGAACCCUGAUAGAACAAACAUAAGAUUUGAUUAUCUCACUAGUAGGAUUAUUUUUAUCUUUUGCAAAGCAAGCAAUUCUAAUGGGCCUCUUGAAAUCAACGACCUUAAGGGCAAGAUAAUGGGCAUAAGGGAAUCAAGGACUCACCGCACCCCUUUGCAAGGCUAAUCUCGAUUCUCGCUGGUACUGGUAGUUCAGGUUCCAACUUGAUAUUCGGCCGAAGGUCCAAAAUGUUGAGAGAGGUAGUUGGCCUUGGGGGUGAAAUAACUGCUAUUUGUUCCUUUUCCGGUGGUGAGUCGGGUUUAUUCUCUUUGUACAGUGUUGUAGUCUGCUACUAGACGUUUCACAACUUGCAAUGGGCAUUUAAAACUACAUUUAACAAUUUUAGAGACAGUUUUGUGCUCUUAGAAAAUAAACGUGUGGACUGUAUGUUCUAGUUCUCUCAACUCUCUC